UUCCAUAUACAAUAUAAUAUCCAGUUAGCUAAUUUUUUAGAUGGACCACGUAAUUGAACAGAAAUCGAGUAAAUAAUUGAAAAAUUUCUAACGAGAAAAAAACUUUAAAGUUACGAGGAAUAUCACUGAAAACAAUUUAAAUUAUUCAAGAUUUUUCGCAAAAGAAAUCUCGCUCCGUUCGCCAGAUGAGCUUAUUAUCCAGCACCCUGUAUUUGUGCGAUGCAUUUAUCAUAUCAAGAUCCUAUACGACGUAUCUAUUACGAUCUCAGGACAUGAGUGCAACGUGAAACAGGGUAGGGGCCGUAUUGCAGGCGUGUGGGGGUAUGGACGGCCGGCGCGCGAGACAAUAUAUACCUGACGAGGGCCUGGUGUUACCGAACACCUGCUCCACACCGGGUCCGAGCGGACCUUUGUCCAAGGACCGAUAUAAAACUCGUACACCAUUUCGGUCGCGCCAGUGGACUUUCGACAGGCGGUCAAGCGCGGUCCGACCAUCAUCGCAUGCGGUUCGAAUUGAACUUGACGAAUCUCUUCGAAGAUACAAUAAAUCUGUUCGUUAUCUUGCUAAUUAGCGGUGAUAUGCGGUGCAAAUUUUUUGCUGAAGAAAUUUAAGAUCUCGAGAUGAGAAUUUGAAAAAAAAAUGUGAAAAUUUAUCAGACUUGAAAAUAAGAAAGAUCAGUUAUAUAAAUAGCAACCAUCACAUUUAGAAGAUUUGUGAAUUAUAAAAAAUAUACAAAAUAUUCUCUCGAGGAUUUAAUAAAACAAGUUUCUCCCUCUUCGAGGGGGAAUAUAUGAAUUAGGAAAUAUAAAAAUUCGAAGAAUCGGAAUUGGAGAAUCCUUAGGAGAAUUGAAGAAUUCAGGACUUCAGGAGAUGGCGAACGUACUGUGGCUGUUAUCAGCGAUUAUCGUCGCGAACACGUUGAUUGCCGGCACGUGGGCGGAUGAGGAUCUCAGGAGUACAAUUAAGCUACUACAGGAACAAGUGAGCGCAUUACUGGACCAUCGACAGGAGGAUUAUAAUGCUUUGGAGGAGAGUUUGAAGCAAUCGAUAGAGAAAAAUACAGAGCUCAUCGUCCUUAGAAACGAAGUAAAACAACUCAGGAAGGAAGUGACCGCUCUUCGCGGCGGAAGCGGCAACGAGGCGAAGAACGAGCGAUUGAGGGUGAGAUGGCUCGGCAGUGCUGUGACGGAGCUGCAGAGCGAGGUCGCCGAGGUGCUCAGGACGCGGAACGCCAGCGAAGAGUUGGCCGAGCGUUCAAGGAUGAGGAGCGAGUUGGCCCUACUAAAGGGUGACGUCUCCGAAGUCGGCAGGAGUAUACGCGAUCUUGGUGGCAGAAUCACCAAGAUCGAGGCUGUCCUCGGUACCAUCAGACUAGACAUUGCUGCUACCAAGGAACGCGCCAGUCUCCUAUCUCGCUCCUGCGCGGAUGUCAGCAGUCAGUUAAGCACGGUGCAGAUAGAGCUGAAGUCCUUGAAAUGUGAACCUACCAGUCAGGAUUCACAGAAGUCGGAACAUCACGACAAAGCCGAUCUCUUCCGCAACGAGGUGAGCAGAUUGCACGAAAUUACGUCGGCCCGAAGACACAGCUAUUUCCGCGCCUUGGCUCAUCGCGCUCGCUUCGAGGAACGUAUACGAAACGUCGAACGCAAGAUUUCCAUCGUGGCACGGAAGCGAGCGAUGAUCGAGAAGCGGGUUGUGUACGAGGAUCCCGAACGUCUUGAAGAACGAGUGAAGAGUCUCGAAUUGUCGCAGGCGGACCUUUCGAAGAAGGUGUUCAACGCCAGCCAAGAUCUCGUAUCGAUGAAUAAGCUGGACGAGUCGGUAGUGCGACUGUUCGAUUCGGUGCGACAACUCGAGGAAGCUGUCUACAACAAUCGCUCCGAGGUGAAACGAGAGCUGGCGAGAUUGGGGAUAAAUGCCGCACGAAAGGCGGCCGAGCUGUCGCUGACCAGGGAAGAGCUUGGUAAUCUUCGACGAGCGGUUCAGGCGUUGAGCGUGAGCGCGUCGCAACUGCAAGAUAGGAGCGACGUCCAACGGAAGAGUCUGGACACUCUGAAUGAGACUCUCAGCCGACUGGAUCUCUCUCGCAAUUUGGCCAAGGCUGCAAACGUCACGCACGAGUUGGAACAGGUGGAGGAUCAGUAUCGUCUCAUGGUAGAUUCUCUCCCAGGCAACUGCGAAGAGCGCGAUGGUUUAACUCUGUUAGCCCCUGGUCCCGGAGCACCUUUACUAGCCUCCUGUCGCGCUGGUUGGAUCGUCGUUGCUCGUAGAAUCGACGGCGCGGUUGACUUCGAUCGCACCUGGAAUGAGUACUCAGUUGGUUUCGGUUCACCAGUCAGCGAGUUCUGGCUAGGUAACGAGGCAUUGCAUCGACUCACCCGUGACAAUUGUAGCAGAUUACAAGUUAAUCUAAUCGACACCUACGGCGUACAUUGGCGCGCCGAGUAUGAGCAUUUUACGGUCGAUUCCGAGGAAACCGGUUAUCGGCUCCACGUGUCCGGUUACUCGGGCAAUGCGACCGAUGCGUUGUCUUAUCAGGAUGGCAUGGCAUUCAGCGCUAAGGACCGCGAUAUGGAUAUUAGUACCACCGACUGUGCAGCUAACUAUCGGGGUGGAUGGUGGUUCAGUCACUGCCAACACGCCAAUCUCAAUGGCAGGUAUUCUUUGGGCCUGACGUGGUUCCAAUCGACCACUAAUGAAUGGAUGGCAGUCGCAUCUUCCGAGAUGUCGGUGCAACGAAAGCACAAUUGUUGAUGAUCCUAAGAAACGAGUGAAAUUAUUCCUAUUGAAUCGAUAAAAUUAAAUACGAUAAAGAAACUAAAAAAAUUUAAGGAUAUUUUGUGCGAUUUGAGUCAUGCAUCUUGCAGUCAGUCGAUGAAAGAACAUUGAUUGUAAUACCAAAGAAUUAAGUAUAAUUUAAAGACUUUGAUGUAAAUACAGUGUACAGUUAUGCACAACAGAGUAAAUGCUGUGCGAAGAAACAUUACAUACACACACACACACACGCAUAUAUAUAUAUAUAUAUAUAUAUAUAUAGUAAGAAGCCAAUAAAAGCCAUUAAUUUUUGCUUCUAAAUAAGUCAUAUAUUAAGUAAAAAUUUAGAUAAAAAUUAUGUAAUAAAAAAGCAACAUUCACAUAUUGUUAAUUAACUGUCACAUAUUUCAAUAUUUAAAAUAAAAUGUUUAUAGCUAUUA